UAUUCUUGGCUCGGUAUUAUCUACCCCGCCCUUCUUCAUCUCCUCCCGUGUCUAGCGGUAUUCAAAAGAUAUAGGAAAAAAAAAAAGUCAGAGCGUUGACAAUUUAUUUAUUUAAAAAAAAAAAAAUACUAUUAGCGUUCAUAACCAGCUGCUCGCAGUAGCGAGUCUGUUGCAUCAAGUUCCAUUUCUUAUUUCCCAAAGCAAAACCAGAGAGAAAGAGAGAGAUAGAGGUGAUCAUGAAAGCGCUGAUUAAUCCAGAACCUUUUUCUAUCUCAAUCCGAAUCGCCAGUCCUAGCAAUCUCACCCAUUCAAGACUUCAUUCUUCUUGUUUACGAUUCUCUACAGACCGUUGUAUUGGACGGAGAAAUUUAUGUUUGAUUGUUAAAGCAGCUGCACUAGACUCGGCAAUACUUGAUCAGUUAGGGAUUCCUGAAUCCGAUAUUAAGAAUCCGGCGGUUUCUUCUUCUUAUCGGAAUUCCAAAUUACCCAAACCGAAUCAAACCGUGUUGGAUGCUCAAGCUAGGGUUUGCACAGGUCCUACUCAAACCAGGCCGCUCAAUGAAGACCAAGCCUUUAAAGUGCUAGAUACCAUUUUAAGAUCAGCUAGGGGAGAGCUUAAAGAUGAAGAGAAAGUGUCAAAAGCUCAGCUUGGGGCAUUUUUUGCAGCAAUGACAAUACGUGCAAAUGCAUUCCCAGAAGAAACUCAAUGGAGUGAAGGGGAAAAGCGAGCCAUGAAUAACUUUUGGCCCUUGCUUGUUCGUGCCCUACCGCCUGAUCUGAUUUUUAUUGCGGAUCCUGAAGGUUCGAUUAUGAGUAUUGGGAGUUCAAUUGGGCCUCAGUAUGUUGGCAAUUGUACAAGUGAGAUGAGAUUAGUUGGUGCACUUAGAGAGAUUUUGGCUGGUGGCCAUCUUGGUUACGAGGAGGUUCAAGGUGUUUUAAGAGAGGUUCUUCCAUUGAAUGUUGGAGAUAAUGAAUGUUCAGGAGGAGUUAGUGAGUCAUUGCUUUCAGCUUUUUUAAUUGGUCAACGUAUGAAUAGGGAAACUGAUAGAGAACUGAAAGCAUACUGCCUUGCUUUUGAUGAUGAACUUGGUUCUCCACCAGUUGCUGAUGUUAGGUCAUUGACUCAUUAUGGUGAACCUUAUGAUGGGAACACUCGUUUCUUUAGGAGCACUUUAUUUGUUGCUGCAGUUAGAUCUUGUUAUGGUGAAUCUUCGUUGCUCCAUGGUGUUGAUUGGAUGCCACCUAAGGGGGGCAUAACUGAGGAACAAAUGCUGAAGUAUAUGGGAGCAAAUACAAGCUUGACCCCUUUGCAGGCUAAAGAACUUCUUGAGGAUGAGGAGGUUGGUUUUGCCUACAUAAGUCAGCGUGAAGCUUGCCCACCUUUAUACUCAUUGACUGGGUUGAGAGAGCACAUAAAGAAACGUCCCCCACUUGCAACAACUGAAAAAGUUCAACAAUUUGUGAGGGCUCAAGGGAAGGAAGCAAUUGUUGCUGGAUUUUAUCAUGAAGGUUAUGAGGAACCUCUUUUAAUGCUCAUGAAAAGAAGAGGUGUUCAUUCUGGUUUGGUGGUGAAGGGUGAGGAAGGGGCCCUCUCAAUGACAACAAGAUUGCGCUCUGCAAAUGCAUCAAAAGGACUUCCAGUAAACUACUGCUCAGGUUUCCGCUCCUUGAGCAGAGCAUCUGCUUUUGAAGUUGACGGGGUGUCACGUGAGAGUUUUAGUAUGGAGGUUAAUGCCAAAGACUAUGGUUUUGAACCCACUGAUACGCCAAGAACUGAUCGAUCAGUCUCUAAGAAUAUUGAGUUGGGUUUAGCAGCUCUUCAUGGCCAGAAAGGUCCAGCAUAUGAUCGAAUUGUCUUAAAUGCUGGAAUGGUGGAUCACUUGCUAGGAUGUGAUGGCGGGGAAGAUAUCCCCACUGCACUGGACAGAGCAAGAGAGGCCAUUGACAGUGGUAGGGCUCUUAAAAGGUUACUUAAUUACAUAAAGAUAUCUCACAGAGUAAGAUGAAUGAGGUUCAACUGGUUCACACUUGAUUUUGUCUGUUGUAAAUUUUUCCAAAGUACUGACUGUUAAUGGAGAAGAGGGGGGGGAGUGCAAUGGUCAUGGGAUUUUUCCCAUUUUGAGUUUUAUAAAUUAGUUAGCUUCUGAUCUCAUUGUUGAGUUUUCAUCAUCUUUACCUGCCUUCUUCUUUUUCAGUCAUUCUGUAAUAUUGUUUUCUGUUGUAUAGACAUUGGAAAUUUUGGUUACCAAUAAUUUUUCUCCUUAACAAAGGGAAAACUCCAUAUUA